AUGGAGCUUACAACGGGAAGUUGUAAGAGAUUGAAAGAUUUAAAACAAAGGGAAUUUGCUCGCAAUGUGGCUUCAAAGUCAUGGAAAGAUGAGAAGAAACAGGAAAAAGCACUCAAGCGGCUCCACCAGCUUGCAGAGUUACGGAAGCAGUCAGAAUGCAGCAUCUCUGGGAAUGGACCAUUGCUUAAAGCCCCCAGAUUAGUCAUGGAAAAGCAGCAAUUGCCAGAUGGCAUUUUCCUGUACAAGGGCAGCAAGUUCACAGCCAGUUCUCAAAGAACUGCCACUAGUGAAGGACAAGGUUUCUCCAGCAGCUUACUAGAGAAACAGCAGCUUAUCAUAAGCAGGCAACAGUCACCUACUGAAAGAUCCCAUGCACUUGGCAAUCAAAUUUCACACGCAUUCCCAGAUAGCACCAGUACUUCUCAAAGGGCUGGAGUGUCUUUCUCAUUCUCUAAAAAAGUCCCUUUGAAGCUUGAGUCCUCAGCAUCAGUCUUCAGUGAGAACUCUGAAGAAGGAAAUGAUUGUAGUGAAUCCCCCAACCUUUGCAAAAUAAAGCAAGCUCUUGAGGGCUGUCGUUCUGGCACACUUUUGGAGGAGGAUAUGAAAGCAAGCUUGGAUAAAGGGUCACCUAUUACACCAGAACAAACAGAUUUGGAUGAUAGUGCAUCAAAUCACAUAGCUGCAAAACCUAAAAUGUUAAAGGAAAAUAAUAAAUGUAGUGAUAGAGGAUUAGAAGAAAAGGUCAGUGCUCAUCCUUCAUUUUCCAAGGUCAAAAUACAGCUUUCAAAUUUGGAUUUUUCUGGUUCAUUUAGAGAAACAGAGCAAGAGAGCAAAUUGAAUGAGUCUGAGCAAUUGUUAGAAACUCUCAUUUCACCUCCAUGCCAAGCUAGCAACUUUUUUACACAGCUGAACACCUACAAGCACAGCAACGCGCACCUGCCUGACCAGUUACCUGAGCUCCCACAACAGCCAGCACCCGAGCUGGCAUGUUCAAGCAACAUUAAUGACAGUCCUGGGGUGAUAAAAAGAGAAAGAUCUUCGGAGAGUUCAGAAACUACAAAAACGAAUGUGGAAAUGCUUCCAAGGGAGGCCAUGGUUAAAGAGGCUAAGCCCCAGGCAUUGCCUUUCCUCCAUGUAGUGAGCAAAGAUGGCACCACUGCUUUGCAAUGGCCCACAGAACUACUUUUGUUUACAAAAACUGAGCCCUGUAUUUCAUAUGGCUGUAAUCCAUUGUAUUUUGACUUUAGACUCUCUUUAAAUCACAGAGAUGGUAAAAAGCAUGAAACAAACAAAGCAAGCUGUAAAGAGCACUCUAUAAAUAAGACUGCAGAUGAAAACGAAGCCUCAGGUUUAAUAAAACACAAACAAAUGUCAAAUGAACAAGAUAAUCAGUUGUUGAAACCAAAGAAGAUGAAAGGUUCCUUAAAUCCAAGAAAGGCCAAGCAAAAAUCUGAGUCAGACAUAGGGAAAGAAAUUAAUGAAAAUGGUCAAAAAUGCAUUGCAGAUUAUUUGAAUGAAAAUAUACCCAAAGUGCCUGCUUACCUUGGUGUCUCACAAAAGGAUUACAUGGCAGAAAAAAGUCUUCAUACAACAACACUGAGAAGACCUUUAAAGCAUCAUUUUCAUAGCUAUUCAAGAAGCAGUGAAAGAUCAUCUAGUAGCAGAAUAUCAAGAGCCAGCAGUUCAGGAUCCUUCUCAAAAGAGACUGACAUCUCUGACAACAAAACAAAAGAAGAUGCAGAACGAGGUUCUAACACCGAACUGGGAAAAGCUGAAACUGCACAUUACAACUCUCUGAAUGUGAAUGGUCAGUCAGAAAUCUCUGCCACCUGCUCUUCUGAAACCUUGGCAAAAGACAUACAUGGAAAAAGAAAGUCACUGGCAGCCAAGUUACUUUUAGAAAGAGUGCAGCCCAAGAAAAACCAGGAACAUAUGCACCAUUCAGAGAGAUUUUCAAACACUUGUGGGGUAGAAUUAAAGGAUCACUCGCGAAGUCACUUUGCUCUUCAGUUUUCAUCAUCUGUAGAUGACAUUGCAAUGUUACCUUUACCAGAGAAACUGCUACGCAUAGGUAAAAAUGACAUGGGACAUAAUGAAAUCAGUUCAUUGGAAACCAGUGUGAAGAAAAAUAACUUUGAAGCAUCAGCGAUAACUAAUGUUGCUCUUUCAACAGAGACCAAAGAAGAACUACAUGAUGUAAACAUGGACUCAAAUCAGGCAGAAGGCAGUUCAGACUCUCUUUGUGACAAUGCUAUACAGAAGUGUGAUGACACAGUAAAUGACCUAGAAGUGUACAGUAAAUCCACCUCCAUUCCUUUAACGCAGCAGCCUAUCACAUUUUCACCCGAGGAAGUAGACAAAUACAGGUUGCUGCAGCUGCAAGCCCAGCAGCAUAUGCAGAAACAACUUCUGGCAAAACACUUGAAAGUUUUGCCUGCCCAGGGACCAGCUGCCUUCUCUGCAACACCAGCAGUUCCUGCCCUCCCUGUUCCGCAGCACACUACUGUCACCACCAUCCACCACACACUGCUGCAACGAUUUGCUGUGUCAUCAUCU